AUGUUGCUAUCACGGGCCAAGCGAUGUUGCAGGUAUGUGAGGACGAUCGCCAAAUGCUCAAAGCGCAGUGGCAACCCCGGUAGCAACCCCCUCUUUGCUUCGUACUGUAAUGGUCUCCAUAGCGAAGCCACGAGGGAUGGGAAGAGGACAAGACCUUACUUCGACUAUGACCAGGACAGCAAGUUACUAGGGAGGCUGCAGAAGGGCCAACUGGACGUGGACGACUGGGGCCACGUGGAUGACCACAGGGACGCUCUGAAGAUUAAGAAGAAGUACCUCAAACUGCUCCGACUGUACCACCCAGACACAUACGUAAGUGAGAAGAACGAACAGAGGAAGAAGCGGAAGGAAGAAAUCUUUUUGCAGAUCUAUCGGCAAUACAAGAGCUUCACUCAGCACUAUGAUCACCUGUACAAGUCAGAUCUGACUGAUGAAUCUGUGUGCGAAACUGAAGAAGAGAGAGAUGAAAGACUCGAGCGGUACAGACGCUACUCUGAGGGGAAGAGAAAUGACGUGUCACAUUUCCACAAGAACGUGGAAAUAUACAUCCUAGUUAUGAUUUUAGUGACCUUUGGAGGGGUCCUCCUGCUCUGUGUCUUUCUACCCUUUGAUGUUAACAUCGGCAGGGAAGAACUAUGCGACGGCGCGGACAGCGGAGAAAGCGCUCAGGUCGUCCCCUGCUUUUACAACCCCGUCAUGAAGCGAUACGAGUAUCUGUCUGGAGGAUAUGUCCCCCCGCACCCGCACCAGUUGUACUACUUUUACAAAAAUAACUUCCCAGACCUGUUCGUGGACGAUGACCUCCUGAAGCUAAGUCGCUUCGAAGUGGUCCAGGUAUAG